UGUGACGAUACUCCGUAUACUCUUAGUGCCCUGCCACGUUUUUCAUCCAUUGUUCCUUGCAGAGAGAUAAGGAGGUUCUAUUAAAGAUGGGAGAGCAGCCUUGUUACACAAUAAUCCAUCCAGGGGAACACUUCAGCCCUCCUAAUGAACAGCAACUCAAACAUGACCUUGAGCACGGAGACAAUAAGAUAAAAGCCCAGACACUAAAGACAAUAAUAAUGAUGAUACUGAACGGAGAUAGACUGCCCAACCUCCUAAUGACAAUCAUUCGAUUCACUCUCCCGUCUAACGAUCACGCUAUUAAGAAGCUCCUCCUUAUUGUGUGGGAGGUGUGGCCUAAGACCACGCCCGAUGGGAAGCUGCUGCACGAGAUGAUACUUGUGUGUGAUGCUUAUCGGAAAGAUCUACAGCAUCCUAAUGAGUUUGUUAGGGGAUCUACUCUUCGGUUUCUUUGUAAACUGAAAGAGCCCGAGCUUCUUGAGCCUCUCAUGCCAUCCAUUAGGAACUGUCUUGAGCAUCGUCACGGCUAUGUACGGAGGAAUGCAGUCCUGGCCAUUUACACAAUAUACAAGAACUUUGAGCAGCUGAUCCCAGAUGCACCAGAACUGAUCCAGUCAUUCCUUGAAGGAGAGCAGGAUCCAUCAUGCAAGAGGAAUGCCUUUAUGAUGUUGAUACAUGUUGAUAGGGAUCGUGCGUUGGAUUAUUUGACUGGUUGUAUUGAUCAAGUGAGUGACUUUAAUGACAUACUCCAACUUGUCAUAGUGGAGCUGGUCUACAAGGUCUGUUAUGCUAACCCCAAUGAGAGGCCUAGGUUCAUUAGGUGUAUUUAUAAUCUUCUCAAUUCAACAUCAGCUGCUGUUCGUUAUGAAGCUGCCGGGACACUAGUCACACUCUCAUCAUCACCCACAGCUAUCAAGGCAGCUGCUCAGUGUUACAUUGAACUGAUAGUCAAGGAAAGUGAUAAUAAUGUGAAGCUGAUUGUCCUUGAUAGAUGGACUGCUCUGAAGGAAUUCUCAACCCACAGGAAAGUACUUGAGGAUCUAGUGAUGGAUAUAUUAAGAGUUCUGUCAAUGGCUGACCUUGAGGUUAGGAAGAAAACCCUUGAACUAGUUCUGGACCUUAUAACAUCAAAGAAUAUCGAUGAGGUUGUUAUGAUAUUGAAGAAGGAGGUUACCUCCAGUAGUGGCAAUGGUGAGGGAGGGAGAGGAGGGGAUGAAGCUGACGUCUCUAGCUACAGACAGGCUCUCGUUAGGACACUUCAUGCCUGCUCUGUCAAGUUUGCUACAGUAGCACCUUCUGUUGUACCACUGUUGUUGGAGUUUUUGUGUGACAGUGAUGACAAGACUGCCGAGAGUGUUCUUGUGUUUGUUCGUGAGGCAGUCGAGCGUUCUCCCGACCUCAAGCCAGCGAUUGUGUCUCGCCUCCUUGAUAUAUUUAGCACUAUACAGUCGGUGGAGGUUCAUCGUAGCACCCUGUGGAUACUGGGAGAGUAUUGCACUGACAUGACUGAUAUUACUAAACUGGUCGCUGCUAUAAGGACUUCACUAGGAGAGAUACCAAUAGUAGAUUCAGAGAUUAGGAAGCAGGCUGGAGAAGAUGAGGAAGGAUCUUUUGAUGAUGAUGACAAGUCAAAGUCCUCGCGUCUAGUGACAGCUGACGGUACUUACAUAUCCCAGAGUGCACUGAGCACAGCUGCUGUUAAGAAAGAUGAAAAGAUUCCUCCAUUGCGUGGUUAUUUGUUGGACGGUAAUUUCUUUAUUUCAGGGGUACUUGCUGGUACACUCACUAAAUUAGCUAUUCGUUAUCUUGACCAGCAAACUGAACCAAGGAGUUGCAAUGCAUUUGUUGCUGAGGCUAUGCUAAUAAUGGCUAGUGUUCUUCACCUGGGUAGAUCUGGUAUUCCUAAAAAGCCUAUUACAGAAGAUGAUAAUGAGAGAAUAUCAACUUGUCUUAAAGUUCUUGCUGAGCGUAAUAAAUUCAUUAAUUCUGUUUUUGAUGUGAGAUCCCGUGAAGCUCUAGCAGCCAUGCUAUCAGCAAGACAGAACGAGAAAGAAGAAAAAGAGGAGUCACAGAAAGUGGAGACUCACGCUGAUGAUGGUAUAGUCUAUGAGAUGCUCUCUGGUAAAGACGAUAUAGUCGGAGAGAACAAGUUUGAUGCUAGCCUGCUACAAGCAACCGGUAUCGGUGGAGUUGGUGGCAGCCAGGGACAACAAGGCUCAUUAGUGAGUGCUUCAAAACUAAACAAGGUUGUUCAGUUGACUGGUUUCUCUGAUCCAGUCUAUGCUGAGACAUAUGUUAAUGUGAAUCAGUAUGAUAUUGUGCUUGAUGUACUUAUUGUCAACCAAACUGCCGAUACACUACAGGGACUAUCACUGGAGCUAGCAACACUAGGUGACUUAAAGCUUGUUGAAAGGCCUGGAUCCGUUACCAUUGGUCCUCAUGAUUUUGUGAAUAUAAAGGCAUCCAUUAAAGUCUCAUCUACAGAGAAUGGAAUUAUAUUUGGAAAUAUUGUGUAUGAUAUAGUUGGAUCUACUUCUGAUCGUAAUUGUGUUAUACUCAACAACAUCCAUAUUGAUAUAAUGGAUUACAUACAACCGGCUAAUUGCACUGAUAACGAGUUUAGGAAGAUGUGGAUGGAAUUUGAGUGGGAAAAUAAGAUCAACCUUAAUACAAAUAUCACUGAUCUAAAUGAGUUCCUGGACCACAUAUUGGCUAAGACUAAUAUGAAGUCUUUGACACCAAGACAAGCAUUACUUGGUGAUUGUUGUUUCUUGGCUGCUAAUUUAUAUGCUAGGAGUAUCUUUGGAGAAGAUGCCUUAGCUAAUGUUAGCAUUGAGAAACCAUUUGGAUCAGGACCUGAGACACCAGUACAAGGACACGUGAGAAUAAGAGCUAAAACACAGGGAAUGGCUCUUAGUCUUGGUGACAAGAUUACGGCGUGUCAGAAGCGUUCCACAUCAUAGUGGUUGAGAAACUAUUUUGAGUGACUCAUUCAUUGCUUUUAGUUGUUUUGUUUUCAUAAUAAAAUUUAAUGUAAAAAUUAUUGAUUUGUUUCAGCAAAGAUUGAGUGCACUAUA